UCUGGCGAAGGUGACGUCAUUUGUUUCUCUCGCUCGCUCGUCUCGCUGUCUGUGAAGGAAGAAGGAAGAGCAAUGGCGACGCUGUACCGCCGCGCGCUCACACUGCACACAGGAGCCACAGCACUCACUAUUUUUACUCUGAUUCUGCUGGGAAGAAGCUCUUGAAGGGUUCAGAGGCGAUCAAACUCAGUAAAGCAGAGUAUGUGAGCGGAGUGGAGUGGGAGCGGAGCGUGGAGUGGAGCUGUGUGAUUUUGACAGGAGCAAGGAGCAGACCAUGAGCACUCCACCACCGCUCCAUCACGAGUACAAUUCAUGCCAAUGGCCGGAAAAAUCGCAAAUAUGCUUUUGCAUGGUCACGUCCCAACCCAUGAGGAUAUCAAACCCGUCGCUUGCGAUGCCUGCAACAAAGUCGUUGAGCCUCAGGACGUCCUGACUCAUUACAGUAGUUGGGGAAUAGUUGAACAGUGAGUAGAGAGGAGCGCGUCCACCUCGAGCCCUCCAGAGCCAUGCAUAGCAAGAACCAAAGGAGACACUGUUCGCCCAGCAGCUCCAGGACCCCUCUGGUUCCUGUCAAGGCCAAGAUGUCGGUGGGCCAGAGCGAGGUGGAGCCCCUUCCCUUCAGGGUUCCUCGUGAUUACCCACACUCACGCUUCAGCAAGGCACCGCUGGCCGUCUAUCCACCCAAAGGAGCCCGAGCCAAGGCCUGCGUGUCUUUGCCUGUGGUGAGUCUGGAGAAGAUGCCGUGUUUCAGCCGGAAAGAGGGAGCGCACAUCAAAGUCCCCUCCACGUCUCCCACGGCGGGGUCUUCUCUUUCUUUCUCUUCCUCGUCUUCCUCUCCAUCUUCCGCUCCUCUCAAGUCCUCCUUGACGUCACCAGCAUCUCACAAGAAUCAGGAGAAGUUUGUGAACGGUCGCGGUCCUGUGACGCCUCGCUCCACCACGCCCCCCUCGCUGAUUGACAGGCGGCCCAGCCCAUCACGGUCGCCCUUGGAGAAGCGGCCCGCCCCCUCAGCCUCUCCACAGGACAGGAGACCCACUGCCUCCACCUCUCCGUCUCCUUCCCUGUCGGACCGCAGACCAAUAGUCCCUCCUUCUCCCCCAGACAAGAAGCAUCAGAACGGAGCCAAAGGCGUGCGGCAUCGAAGAGUGUCGGGGAGAGUGUUUGAUCCGAAUAAACACUGUGGGGUUUUGGACCCAGAGACAAAGCGGCCUUGCACUCGAUCUUUAACCUGUAAGACUCACUCUCUAACCCAUCGGCGAGCCGUCCUGGGACGGAGGAAAGAUUUCAACAUCCUUCUAGCGGAGCAUAAGGGGCGGGCGAAGGAGACUGGGCAAAAAAAGGAAGCUCAAGCAGGCAGCCAAUCAGUGCAGGUCACACAGUCACAUGAUGCAGCAACCAGCCUAUCCACAAGCUACACUAAUGCCAAGACCACGCCCACUCUCAAACUGCAGCUGGCCAAUUCACACUUACACAGAGUGUCUGGCGGCGGUGCAAUGGUGUUCAGCUCUGCGCCCGUUCCUCCUCCUGAACCUACGCCCGGCUGGCAGCGAUGCAGUCAGUCCAGCGAUGAAGGAGAAACUGACCCCCCUGAGGAGUCCGAGAAGCUGCUGUGCCCCUCUUCUCCACAGCAUCCGCGACCCCUGAGCUGUUGUGCGUUCAGCAGUCGCUUGAUGGGACGGGGUCACUAUGUUUUCGACCGGCGGUGGGACCGGGUUCGGCUAGCGCUCCACUGCAUGGUGGAAAAACACGUCAACUCUCUCAUGUGGAGGAAAGUGCCUCUAGCGGUGGAGAGUGUGACAAGCCCGACUGAGGUUUCUCCCCUCGGCUCUCCGUUCGUCUCCAACCAUGCACUCGCAUCUCCUCUGGACGGCGUCUCCAUGGUCUCGUACUCCACCUCUUUCUCUCAUAACGGCUCUGGGGUUUUCUGCAUCCGGGAUCCCGGACCCAGACCACAGCGGAAUAAACCGGCCAAGCCGCCCAAAGCCUCAGGGGAUGGAACAGGAUCUAAAAAGCGGAAAGCGCCUCCUGCCUCCGAGUCACGAAAGAGUGGGAGCAGCGGGAACAGCUACCAUCUGCCACUGGGUGCGGCGCACAUCAGUAAUGGGACGGCGGCCCUUAGCGCGCGGGCCAAGCAGCGGCCGGGGGGCCAGGGGCCGAGGGACCAAGACAGGUACGGGAGCGUGGAGCUGUCCCUCCCGCAGGCGCUCACUGGGGAUCACGGGGACGUCUCGUCCCACAGCCCGCUGCCCUACGGAUCCUCUGAUGGGAGGAAGAGGAAGAGCUCUGGAUCGAGCGCCGGCAGCGACAAACCCAGCAGAAGCACCAAAUCCACUGCACUGGACGGGAUAUUCAGGAAGAGCAGCAGCGGUUUGCUGUCGUCAGUCGCCGAAUCGCCCCACAGCGCCCUCCAUAGACAGCCCAAGGUCCCUCACUGAUGCGGUGUGAGUUUGAGAAGAUCUUGGGACGUCCUGUGAGACACUGUGUCUGUCCUGCCUUGAUCCCUCGCUGCCUCUUAUCACUCCACGGUUGAGUCACAUCCUUUGUGUCCUGCUUUCCAACAAUUUCUUCCGGAAUAAACUUUUCAUUUUCAUCUGUUUCAUGCAGAUUCAGAUUUUGUUUUUAACCAGCACACGACCCGUUUCAGACACUCAGCGACAUGGAGUUUUAUUUUGAUUUGGGAACAACACGAAGGGACGCCCUUCAGACUCAACCGUGUCAAUCUAAAGUGCACUUAAUUUCAAAUCUGAAAAGGACGGGAAAAACAUUUCAAACAAGGGAAUAUUUUACAGACAAGUUGUAUUUUUCUAUAUGGAAUGAAUUCAGGUUUUUGACACACAAGUGUUCGUGGAUUUUUUUUUAAGACAGCCAGGACCCUGCUGUAAAGCAACUUUAACCGGUGAUGAGUUUUUUAUAAUAAUUUAUCCUUUAUUAAUUUUCUAACUGACCUGAAUAGUGCUUCAUACAUCGAGCAGAAGUAUAUUUGUAUGCCUUAUUAAUAGUUGAAAGUAUUAUAGAGACCCUAUUGUUGGAAAUGUGUGUACAUAUCUUUUAUUAUAAUUGUUUUGUAUUUAUUGCUCGUGUCUCUCAGAGCUUUCUAUCUUCCUCAGUCAUAUGUUAUCUUCAUAGACCUAAAGAUGGUUGGUUAUGAAAGGGCCUUGCAUCAUUCGCUUGUUUCAUUUCUACUCUCUGGUUAUGUUUUUUUUAAGGAAUACUAACUGAAAUGAUCCCAGUGUUUUCUAGAGGAAAGGUACAUUGCUGUGAGCCAGGUCUGUGUGCAGUUUCGUUUUCUCAAGUUGUUGUUAGGUCAUUUGUGCACCUUUUAGUGUCUAACCAUCAGAAAUGAAGACCUUCUCUAAUGAUUUUUAAGCAUCAUAAUAAAUUAUAUGACAAUAAUGGAAAGUCCCAUUCUCACUGUAUAUUAAGUUUUACAAGGAAACUGCAGCAGUGAAAUAGAUUGUAAAUGGCAUUUAAAGUUGACAUCAAAGGUUAACAUCAAUAAUACUGAUUAUUUCCAAACAGGUUUCCUGAUCAUUCCGGUUUUUGCAAUUCAGCUCCAUUUCCUCUUGUUUAAUAUCUGAGAAGGUCUUCAUCGCUAGCAUAAGAAUUUGAAUAUUUAAAGGAGUAGUUCACCCAAAAAUGAACGUUUUCUGAAAAUGCGCUCACCCUUAGGGCCAUCCAAGAUGUAGAUGAGUUUGUUUCUUCAUCAGAUUUGGAGAAACGUAGCAUUGCAUCACUUGCUCAGCAAUGGAUGCUCUAUUGUGAAUGGGUGCCGUCAGAAUGAGAGUCCAUACAGCUGAUUAAAAAAUCACAAUAAUCCACAAUAUCAUGGAUUAUGGACUCAUAUUUCAGUUGGGAGCAAUUUUUGUAAAUUCAAGAUGAUUUUUUUUCUUAAAAACACAUAUUUUCGGUUCAUAAAAUGUUAACCGAUAGACUGGAGUGGUGUGGAUUGCUUGUGGAUUAUUGUGAUGUUUUUAUCAGCUGUUUGGACUCUCGUUCUGACGGCACCCAUUCACUGCAGAGCAAGUGAUGCAAUGCUACAUUUCUCCAAAUCUGAUGAAGAAACAAACUACAUCUACAUCUUGGAUGGCUUGAGGGGUUUUGAGCAUAUUUUCAGUUUUGUCAAAACUAUUGCUUUAAGGAGGCAGAACUUCUGUAAACAUCCCUUUUUGCACGUUUUUUUUUUUUUUUUU